AUGUGUGUUGACUUGGACUUGAUGCAUGAUGGUCGACUUGAUCCGUGUGAAUGGUGCGAAGAGACCAAUUGGCGGAUUGAAGGAAAGGGAGACCAUGCCUCUUACAGGUGCAAGACAAAAAAUUGCAGAUGCUCAAAGUCUGCAUUGACACAUGACGCAGAUCUCUUCAACAAGAAAUUGGCACUUCGAUCCUUGGUUGGUGCUCUUUGGCUCUUCUUGUCCCCGAUCAAUGUCAGUCCGGAUCAAGCUGGUCUCAUUCUGGGGGUCGAUCACCGCACUGUCAGAGACUUGUUUGGGAAUUUUCGCAAAUGGUUGACGCCCAUCAUUGACCGCAUGAAUGAAGAGCUUGUGAUGGGUGGUGCUGGGAUGGACGUGGAGCUAGAUGAGAUCAGCUUUAGAAGCAAAGGCUUGGACGACAAGGUUCUAUGGCUCCGUUACAUUGCGAUCGUUCGUAGAGGAAGUGCGAAAGUCUUCAUUCACAAGCUCCCGGACAAGUUGACGGCUUCCGGACAAGGUGGAGGAGGCCCUUUGAGCAUCCAGGAGCUGAAGGAUACGAUCGUGAAUUCCGCAGGAGCCAGCCGAAUCGCCGUUGGCAGUGUCUGUCACACAGACAGUGCAAAGGCGUACAAGAAGCUGGACUCUGAAGAGCCAUUGCCAUGUUUGUACAAUGGAGCCUUGGGAGGACCUUCUUUUGCUCAUUUGAAACUGGCGCACAGCAACGUCCGACACAAGCCGCCCCACCCAGAGUUCACUCGAAAGUUCAAGCUCAAGAUCUUUGAUGGGCGACAAUGGGUGGAAGAGAUCAGGGUUGGGGGCACCCAAAAGUUGGAUGGGUUCUUUGCAACCUUUCGAAGAGAGGCAAUGGAGACACAACUUCAUGAGCGAGUGCGCACCUUUCAGUUUUUGCAUUGGUUUUCCUUUACGGAUGCUUUUCAAGUCUUUGCGGAAAUGCGCAAGCUUGAGCGUGCUUCCGUUGGCUCCGUAACGUGGGCAAGCUUGGCUAGUUUUGGAAAGGGAAAGGCAAAGCCUUCCACUGCCCCUGAAACGAAAUCUGCAGAGGAGGCUGCUGUUUUGGUGCCUCCUGCAGAAGAAUCGCCUCAGCCGCUUUCACUUUCCUGUGAUGAAGAGCACGAGCCAGUGUAUUCGGAAGGCGAGGACGUUCAAAGCGAACUUUUCGAUCCCGAAGAAGAAGAGCUUAUUUUUGACAACAAAGGGAUCAGAGUCUUGAACUAG